AUGGAAAUCAUUGGUCUCUUUCUGCCGGCAUGCAGUGGAUGUGCCAUUGGAUAUAAAUUUGUUAAAAGGAAAUGUGUUGAUGAGGAUGAGUGUGCUGUUUUCCCGAUUGCGUGUGGCGAUCACGCUCAGUGUGUAAAUACAGAGGGAAGCUACUACUGCACCUGUAACGAAGGAUUCAAAGAGAGCUUAACUGGAACAUGUAAAGAUAUAAACGAGUGUUUCGAGAUUGAAACUCCCUGCUCGGCUCAUAUGACGUGUGAAAACUCAAUUGGUUCUUACAAGUGUAUUUGCCCACAUGGGUACCAGCAGAUGGGCAAAGCAGAUUGUGAAGAUGUGGAUGAGUGUGUGUCCUCAGUGUGUGGAGUUCACAGCAGCUGCUUUAACACACCUGGAAGUUUCCUCUGCGACUGUUCUCCAGGGUUUCACAGACAUGAGAACGGCACCAGUGGCCCCUGUGAAGACAUCAAUGAGUGUUCAGAUCCAGAUGUUUGCGGCACAAACGCAGCCUGCUACAAUCACUUAGGUGGCUACAGCUGCAAAUGCCACGAGGGUUACAGUAACUAUGGCAACAACCAGUCAAAAUGCAUAGAAAUGGACUGCGAUCAGUUUGAACCCGAGUCUGAUGGAGACCACACACCAAAGAAGUUGAAGCAUUUGAUGUCACUAUUGAAGAACAGCUGUGAGUCUCUGAAUGAUCCACGUGGAGAUCGUUUCACUGGAGAGAAAUUACUGGAGGACUUGUGCAGUUCCUCUGACGAGCUGCUGUCGGAUGGAAACAUCGCUGACGGGAAGACUCUGAAUCAGUUUCUGGACGCGGUGGAGAGCAGCAUGCGUCUGAUCGGACCUCAGCUGAGAGAGCCUGUGACCAGGAUGGAGACACACAACACCUUCGCUGAGGUUGCGGUCAUGAAGAGUCAGACUCCGCCCAGUGGGCGUGUCUCUCUGAGCACAGGCUCCGCCCUCUUCAGCACCAGCUGGGAAACAGUUAUAGGGAAAUCAUAUCCAGGUUUUGCGUUUGCGGCUCUGGUCAGUUAUAAAGAUCUGAACUCAUCCAGUGAUCUGCUCCACAAGAUGAGCAGCGAGAGAUCAGACGAUAAAGAGAGAAGCGUCACUUAUCAACUCAACUCUAAAGUGGUGACGGCCGUCGUCAGUAAUGCAGAAACCAAGCAGCUGUCAGAGCCGGUGACGCUCGUCUUUACACACGAGGAGGAGAGGGCGGAGUCUGGGGGCGUGGCUUACUCCUGUGUGUACUGGGAUGAGGCUGAGGGGGCGUGGUCUGGGCGGGGCUGUGAGAGGGCGGAGUCUAACAGCACACACACAGUGUGUUCCUGCUCUCAUCUCAGUAGCUUCGCUGUGUUAAUGGCUCUCUAUCCUGUCCAGGACUCGUUUGAUUUGGUGUUGAUCACGCGUGUGGGUUUAGUUCUGUCUCUGGUCUGUUUGUUUCUCUGUAUCCUGACAUUCCUGUUCUGCCGCUCCAUCCAAGGAACCCGGACCAGCAUUCAUCUUCAUCUGAGCAUCUGUCUCUUCAUCGCAGACCUCGUCUUCCUCAGUGGGAUCUCCAGCACUCACAAUCAGGUAGCGUGUGCGAUUGUGGCCGGUCUGCUUCAUUUCUUCUUCUUGUCUGCGUUCUGCUGGAUGCUGCUGGAGGGGGUUCAGCUCUACCGGAUGGUUGUGCUGGUGUUUCACACCACAUUAAAACAUCUCUACAUGUAUUUGCUGGGAUACGGAGUCCCUCUCGUCAUCGUUGCCGUCUCUGCCAUCGCCUUCCCAAAGGGAUACGGCACCGAUAGACACUGCUGGCUCUCUCUCGAUCGUUAUUUCAUCUUGAGCUUCUUCGUGCCCGUCUGCAUCGUCAUGAUCCUCAAUAGUUUUUUCUUCAUCAUCACGGUGUGGAAACUGGCCCAAAAGUUCUCCAGCCUCAAUCCAGACCUCUCCAAACUCAACAAGAUCAGGAGUUUCACGGUGACCGCUGUGGCUCAGUUGUGUAUUCUCGGAGGAACGUGGAUCUUCGGCUUCUUGCUCUUCCAGGAGGAAGGGACUGAAGUCAUGUUGUACCUCUUCACGAUUUUAAACAGCCUGCAGGGGGCGUUCAUCUUCAUCAUGCACUGCCUGCUGUCCAAACCGGUACCCAAAAUACACCAUGACUCAGAAACCACACGGUGACAUGACUCACUCGCUGAACAUUUGCUAACAGUAGUUUGUUUUAGACUUAACAUCUCGCAGGAUUUCAGUGGUUUAAAGUAGUUCACUUAACAAAAAAUAUUUAGAUAUUGAUUAGUCACACUUUUCAGACCACAAAAGGAGAAUUUUACUCGGGUUUGUCCAUAUAAAGGCUGGCAGUUGAUUACCUUCCUCAAGCUUUAAGAAAAAGGAUGCAGAAGUAUCACAGAAUGAUCCCAUGUGAUUUAUGCCAUACAUACCAAGCAUUCUGAAUUAGUGGUUUACCGAUAUUUGCUGUUUUUAAAUUAUCGGUGUUGACCGAUAAGAUUUUCAGUUUGGCCGCUAAGUGUCACAAGCAGCUUUUAUUUAGACAUCGACGGGACAUAUUUAUAUUGACAGCACUAAGAAAGGCAGCAUCUGAGCACGGAUGCAAGCAUAAUCUUUAAAUCCUAGAUUUCAAACCGUGCUGCGCUAUAUCCAGUUUGCCACCAUGUUAUAUUCAUGUCAUAUUCACUCUACUUUAUGCAUUCGCAGUGCUCAAU